AUGAGCGAUGUAGAGUCAUGGAAAUGGGAUGCGUCCGCUAUUCACCUUGUCGUCGUAGUACUUCUCGCCGUUGCGCUUGUGCUCUUGCUCUUAUGCCUCUUAGGUCUGCUUGUGUAUAAGAAAAGCCAUAGUGCUAAGCCCAAAACCACUACACUGUCCUCACCAGCCGUGUGCCGUUACAAUGAAGCCUUCGACUACGAUGAGAUUAGUGCAAGUCGAAUUGAACAGCGGCGAUGUGAACGAGAAGCCCGUCUGCACUGCGAUAAUCCACGUGCGGAUGUCGCACUUGAUAGGAUUGACCGUUCGACUGCUGCUGCUCUCGCUGUUGAGCAACUUCUUCGAGAUAGUUAUAUUUUCGAUACACAUGUGAUGAACCGACCUACAGGAAAUGUUCGCGUGGUUGCUGCAAAACGGGACUACAUCUAGGAAUAAUACGCUUUAUCUCAUAUUCGAUAGUCUAAAAGAUUGCUAGAUUAUCUUCCUGGUAUACUUUCAAGUGCACGUGUAAUUGUACAAGAUGUCCAAGUCAUCGUAUAUGGUAGUGAUUUGGAAGUGUUUUCUCAUAACUGAGCUGUCCUCGAAUGCAUCAAAAUGUGCAGGCAGAUUAGGAAUUUGAUCACCGUAUAAUCUCAUCUCAUUCUCUAUCUAGUUGUUUUCACGUAGCGGGUUACGCUUGCCCAUUCCCGCCGGUAUCAAAGGUGACUUUCAGUUCGAGAUAAAAGAACAUUUAUGUCAUGUUAUAAUGGUCUGAAUAAAUCAUCUCACAUAUAUCA